AGGAGUGCCAGGCAGCCCAUUAAGGUUGUGCUAGAGGUUGCCAUGGAGAUGGCCAAGAGCCUUGUAAUAACAAAUGAAGUAGUCAUUUGUAGUAAACUUAGUGUGAAAUGCCAGCGGCCAGGUCGUUGGUGCAAAUGAUGCCGAGCACAAUAUGAUGCAUUGCACUGAGCGUGCCAAAAAAGGUGAACCUAUUUUUUAGACCUGUGCAUGAGUGUUUGGAUUACAACAUGUUUGCACUGGUACAUGUAUGCGUCUAAUCUUUCCGUGCUUGAAUGGAGGAAACCCUUCUCAGUGGUACAUGUAAGCUACGGUACCUGCAGAUAAAAGAGGAACUUUGGGAGCUGUUUGAUUAAUCCAGGAAAAGUGGUCGCCCGGUACAGCAUCACGUGCUUUGAGAGUUUGUGUUUAUAAGAAGCCAGCCACGGUCGUCAGUAUAGGUCAGUGCGUGGUACAGACGGCCAGGAUGGGGACUGGUGCCAGCAGCGCCUCAUCCCGCUCGCCUUCCCCCGAGAUGCCGCGGAACAACCGACUGGAGGAAUCAGACCGGCGCAAGAACUCCUUUGGGAUUGAAGGGGGUGACAAGUGGAAGGGACACAAUGUCAUCUGCAACGAGGUGGCACCCAUCAUCAUCACAAAGGACUGCUUUGAGGAGUUCCAGUGCACCCUACUCGCCGAGAAACAGGAGGUGACCAAGGGGAGCAUAAAAGAUGGUCUGCCUGAACACACACUAGUCCAAGGAAAGUACUUCAUGGUAGCUGACCAGUUCAAAGGAAUUGAUAAGAUGAAAACGACAGAAAAGCAAGGCGCGCCCAACUUCAGGAGAGCUGGAGGAGGAUUUGCGGUGUUUGGCAUGGGUCAGCCUACAGCCUUAGGACUGGCCAAAGUUAUGGACACGCUUGGACAAGAAGGCUGCUCAGAACUCAUUGUGGUCUGCAUUCGAGAGGAGCCUGUUCUCUUCCUCAAGAGAAAUGAAGACUUUGUGUCCUACACACCCAGGGAGCGGGAGAAGCUGUGUGAGAAUAUCUAUACCAGAAUAGCCACCUCACUGGGUAUCAGCAACAAUGAAGUUGCCCUACGGAAAGAGAUUCUCAGAUACGCUCUCCGGGACCAAGAGAGCGAGUUCUAUUUCUAUGAGGACAUUGAUCAGUUUGUGGACGAGCCCCACAAGUAUUGCAUCUACUACGAGGAACACCUGAAGACAAUCCAAGAGAUGUAUGCCAUCCACACCGUCUCGCAGACAAACGCCAGAUACCUACGCAUGCCCAUGAGGACAAAUGGGGCUCCCGACGAACAAGUCAUCGAUACCUUCUUUGAUGUUUUGAAGGAUGUACCAACUCUGUUUGAUCAUCAAGACACAUCCACGCCUGGAAUGGUCUUUGUGGGUCACAUGGGAGGUAGUCGUACCACCUUUGCCAUGGUUCUGGGCAUGCUGGUCCUUGCUCAUAAACACGGCUUUCCUGAUGUGGCAUAUGAACAGACCCAUGCUAUGGAAGAGAAAACUCGUAAUUUGGAGAAGGGGGAAUUCCCAGUGGUUCAGCAGUUGUGUGGGGCAUUACCUGACGGCAUACAGACCAAACAAGAGGUGGAUGUUUUAAUUGAUCUGUGCGAUGACAUGAGCAAUAUCCGGGGAGACAUCUACGACAGCAAGAAGAAGAUGGAAGCAAUAAAACAGGACUACGAAAUUGCUGGAGGCAGCGCCAAGCAGUUUUUUCUGCAGAGGAUGUUCAAGUACUUGGAGCGGUACUGCUUUCUUCUUCUCUUCAAUAGUUACUUACACCAGCAGAAAAUCCAGAUGUUCUGCCAGUCAUUCCAAGUGUGGAUGCAGCAGCAUCCCAUACUCUACCGCAUCCUGGGUGACAUGGACUCAUUUGAGAAGGACGUCAAUCCUGCUCAGCAAAUCGCCAUGGGCAACAGAUUUCUGGUUGCUGACGAGUAUCUUGGGUUGGACGUGUUGAGCUCUCACCGAGAGGUCAAAGUAUCAAACUUCAGACGGGUCCCCGGGUUGCCAGUCUUUGGCAUGGCUCAACCUGGAAGAGAGGGCUUGGCUAAAGUUAUCCAGCACCUGGUGCGUCAGAAGUAUACCCAUUCAUCCGUGCAUGUCUUCACGCUGAGGGGGGAGGUAGUACUAGAAUGUGACGGCGCCACCUACACGCCCAGAAAGGUCAAGUCGCUCUCUCGGAAUGUCUUCAUACCGGGGAUCACCGUCAAUGAACUGGAGGAAAGAGAACUGAAGCUGAAGAACCAAUUGCUUAAACUGAACGGACCAGUCGAGAUUUAUCAAGACAUCACCGAGCCAAGACAGGCCGAACAGUUCUCAACUAUUCUGACGCUUCGAGAGAUGUUUGAAAACCAGCAACAGAUAACACCAGAGUUACACUACCACAGAGUGGCAGCAAUGGAGUAUGAAAGAUCACCCCCGGAAAAGGAGUUUGAUUUUCUCGUCAACGUCAUCAAGGACUUGAAGGAUAUCUACACAGAUGAGGACGGCCCAGCCCUGGUCUUCAACUGUGACUGCGGCAAAGAGAGAACAACAGUCUUCAUGGCAGCAGCUGGCCUGAUUAUCUGGCACCAAAAGGGUUUCCCUGUUGGAGUGAAAUUGGAAGAACAGGAGCGAAUCAGCGUGCCCCAGGCUGAGUACACCAAGGGAGAAUUUGCCGUUGUGAUGAACCUGGUCAGACGUCUGCCCCUGGGGUCACAGGUCAAGCGAGAAGUUGACCUGAUGUUGGACAAGUGCUCCGAGACAAUGACCCCAAUGCACUACCAUCAAAGAGAGACCAUCUUCUCCACCUACAACAAGGUCAAAUCGGCCAAAGAUGAAGAGACCGCGGCUAGACUAAGACAUCAGAGCUUCAACUUCCUGGAGCGGUACAUCUACCUGAUCCUCUUCAAUAGCUACCUGCACAUUGAGCGCCCCAACAAUUGGACCAGCAAAUUCUCCACGUGGAUGAUAGAGACUGGUCGGAAGAUUGGAGCAUAUGAAACACUGGAUAAUCUUCACUAUCACGAUCUUGAUGGUGACGAUGCACAAAUUGUCAGCUCCAUACGCCACAGAUGGGUCAACAAAGGGAAUAAGCAUGGCUACCAAGGAACAGUGGAGUGAUGGGUCGAGGGUCAGCAUGGAGCCACAGGUCAGCACAAGUAUUCAAAAGUUCAGAGAACAUGGAUAAAAGCUGUCGACAAAUAUCCCAAUCCCUUGGUUUGAUCAUCUAACACCCUGCAGACAAUUUUCUUCUGAAGGGAUGUCACAUAAUGAGUUUUCUCUUUACAAGAAAAUUGUGAACUGAAAAGUCAUUGGAAUCAGCUUCAAAAAUGCGAUUAAUUUUGUUUGUUAAACAGCACUUAAUUUUUACUCAGAACUCCUGCCUCAAAAAGUAUUUUAUAUUUUUCACAUUGCCGUCACGUGUGCUAAAUGGAAACAAAUAUAUAUAUACAUGUAUAUUGAGAGUGGCCAUUCCUGAAUGGUGUACUUGCCAUAGUUCAAUAACAUUGUGUAAAGCUGCCUUGGGUUUGUACAUACAUCAGUAUUUGAUACUCAAGAGAAACACCAUACUUGCCUAAGAUGCCGGAGAUACGUGCAUUUAACCACCAGUGUAAAGAGUAACAUAUCAUUCUAGUGUGAAGUACAAAAGAGAACACAGUAGCAGUUGAUAAACAGUAUUACAGAGAGUGCACAUUGGUCUGUACAGGGGAUUAAUCUACUUGAGAUGUUGAAUUGUGUUUGUAGACAUUUCCUUGUAUCAUACAAAAAACUUGAAGAUUCAUCUGUGAGAGAUCGUGUCAAUGAAUUUGGGGGGAUUGGUUUCCACUUUGCAUGCUCUGUUGAUUUCUAUGUACAUGUGCUUGAGUUUAUUAAAUCAUACUGUUAGGGAAGAAAAAUGCGUAAUUAGUUGGAGAUGCGGUUGUUAUUGGCAACCAGGCAUUUGUAACUAGACGAAAUUCGGUCAGAAAAAUUGUCCUGAAAAGAGCAAGAACAGCAUCUCUCUGUUAUUUUUCUUUCUCUUUUUCUUCCUGUGAAGAAGUAAAUGAAAUUUGAGGGUUUACAACUCUUAACAUUAAAUCACCACACUAGCUUUCUGCCAUGCAUUUUCCACCAUGUUUUUCAGUGCCCUGAUGUUAAGUUUAACAGUACAAAGUUCUUCAAAGUUCAGGACUUCUCUCUAACAGGGUUCUGUCGUCACCUUUAUUUUCAGAGUCCCGUUUCACUCUUACCUUUUGGCCUAACAGUAUUGGUUGACCAACGUUAAAUUACAUAAGUGAUAGUCUGCAUUUAAGGCACAAAAUUAUGCCAUGAAUUAAAUGUUUACCUUUGAACUUGGUAGCUAUCAGCUUCACCGUUACAAGAUUAAGCCACCGUCCUUUUUUUUUAUUCUACUUUUUGAGAUCAUAUUUCCUGCCAGUGACUUACAAAAGGUAUUUCUAACUCAAGUAUUAUUUUUUAUUAGUUCUAGUGGGUGUGCAGAUUUGUGCAACUUCAUUGCAACAUUUAAGGAGUUUCUUGUGUAAGGACAAGUACAUGAGGCAAUUGUUUAUAGUUCUGUAAAUACACCACCUUUUUUCUGGUAAAUGUUGGUCUAGAGGUAUUUUUGAAUUGCCUCCAAACUAAAUGUAUGUGUGCGCAUAGAUAAGUGCAGAUCUUCAAGGUUAUCCCUGGAAUGUGGAGUAUGUGACAGAAUUCUUCAGAUUUUUACACAGACACACAACAGGUGUGCCUUGGACUUUGAGCAGCAGUGGCUGACAUAACAGGUUUUUUUUUUUCCCUCUUAUUUAUUAACGCAUGUGGAGCAAACACUCACACCUUCACUUUUGGUUGUAUAUAUGUACAUGGUGUGAAAAACCAUAUGCCUUGCUACCAGCUAUGUCAUAUUCAGGGAGAUUUGGGUAGCUUUUCACACGAAUGAGAGCCAGAUUGUUUUUACUGUCUGUGGUGGUUUCGCAGUUGGGUCAUUCUGUAAAUCUGGGGUCUGAUGUGCGAUAUUUUUCUGACAAGGGAUUUUUCAUUCAAAUUGACUUCAAACUAUGUUAUAUUUGGUUGGCAGGUAAUUUGCAUUGCUUAAUCACUCUUGGAAAUUGAAGAAUGAGGUUUUAAACUAACAAAAUCAUACAUUAGAUGUCAGAGAAACAGGAAAACGAAAUCGGACCCAAGAUUUACAGCCACCCAUUUUGGUUUGGCCAGUCUGGUUCCUAGACUGGUUUUGUAGUGCAGUCCAUCGUAAGUUCAUCACAAGUCAUCCACGGUUAAACCAUGACACAAAAGUUCUAAAUGAACAUCAGCAUUCCUUUGUCAUUGUUCACCGUGUUACUUGUGACUGGUCUUAAUGGACUUGUGACUGGUCUUGUGAAAGGACUUGCUUAAGGACUUGUGAUGGACUUGAUUGGAGAGAACCGGAGUGAAUACAUCAUGUAAAAUAUUACAUGUGUAAACAGCAGUAGCACGAGAACCAACCCGUGAACCAAUUCCAUUAGUCUGUAUUACAAUUCCCAGUUCACUGUCCCACACAAAAGGAUUCUGUUUAUUUACUGGAUAAACUGUUGUGGUAGCUGCCUGCAUUGUCACCUUGGCUUGUAUGGCAGUAGGAUUUUGGUAGCUUCUCUCUGACCAUUUGCGUUAGUGCCUGUGCAAAGCCACCGUGGAACAACCCUUUGGAAGCUGCACAGCAACAAAUCAUGCGAGCACCAACCUUGUUCCCUGGUCUUUUAAGUAGUGACGUCUCCUGAUGAUGAGAACCGUGUCAGACCCAGGCUACAAGUUUUGCCCUUGAACUGUCAGAAAAGCUGUGCUUUCACUUUAUUUGUGAAAAAAAUUUGUUCAUAUUUUGGUUAGUCUGAGGAGUUUAACUGUCAUAGGUAUGCUUCUCACUGCUGUUCUGCAGAUUAAGUCGACCCCCUUUUGUCAAAAAUCCCUUCGACGUGAUUUGCUGGAGCGCACAGACACAUAAGCGUUGUUUGACUGAUUUUGUCUGACAGGAUAAACUGUGUCAAGAAUGCAUCUUUGCAUGGGACGGUUAAAGAUGAAUGCUGCACCCUUGGGUAUGAUGUACAGGUCUUACAAUCUCUACUCUUCUAUGGAUAACAUGCUUGGGUUGGGGUUUUUUUUCAAGAGAAGGCAAUAAUAUGUGGUGAAGCACCUUGUUUUUAUAUUUAGUAGCCUGUAAACAGCACAAACUAUUGGUACUUGAUAUAAAUUUAACAAGUCUAUCACAAUAAACAUAUACAAAUGUAUAAAUCACAUUAAAAUAGUCAUUUAUAAAUAAAAAAUAGUUUUAUAUUCGAUCAAAAGUAUUUAUUAUGAAAUGAAAUUUAUAUAGCUCCAAACAGUAUAAACUUAAUUGACAGAAUAUUUACACGUACUUCAAUAUUUAAAGAAAUACUUAACACGUCAUUAAUUUGAUUCAGUUGGUCUUAUACUGUUGAAAUAAUAUUCAAUUGACAUUUGACAUCAAGGACAUUAGACCCUGCCAUAGUAGGCAGAAUAGAAAUCGACUUUCUUGCACUUUUCAUUCACAUGGCAACACUUUUGAUGUUACCUGGGGCAUGUUCAGGUGCACAGUACUUAGCCUACGUCUGCAGGCCACUAACAAAGGUAGAAUAAUAAUAAUUCUGAUUUAUAUUGCGCACGUAUCCACCCUGCCGGGUGCUCAAGGCGCACCAUCAUUAACCCUGCACAUUGGGCUCACGACAACUGAACAUUCAACAUUCCUGAAACCAUCUCAGCUCCCUGGGAAGUACACUAGCCUGAUGCUGCCAUAUUACGCACACAAGGCUAACAUAACCAAAUUUGCCCUCACAGGUACCCAUUUACUCCUGGGUAGAGAGAGGCACAUAGGGGUAACGUGACUUGCCUAUGAUCACAUCAUACUGCCACCAGCUGGAUUCGAACCCCUGACCCUACGAUCAGAAGCUACAAACCCUAACCACUAGGCCAUAUGCCCCCCAUGUGUACAGGGUAUGCUAAUACCCGCAUGCGUAUUAUAUUACUGAACAUGCCCCUUUAGUGCAUGACAGGAUGUCAUUUCCAUGUAUACUCACUCAGUGAUGUGUUUUCUGUCUCAUUCACUAGUGGUGUCAUGGUCAUAAGAGCAAGGUAUGAUUGGAAGUUCUAGUUUUUUUUCAGUGGUCAGGUGGCUAAGCCAAAGUACAUUGUAGUCUGCUCGCUUUCUUGUUCUUCUUCCAGAGAGAUUCAUGUUAAAGAACAAAAAGAUUCACACAGAGGUUCAUGUAGUUUGCACUGCUGAGGUUUAUCUCUUUCAGCCAUGAUGAGGUUAAUGUAGAUAAAAUGCUCGGGUUACUUGGAUACCAGCCCUUGUAAACCAAUUUCUCUUCCUCGCCAAAAAAAAAACAGGAAAAGUCGAAAAGCAUUUAGCAGCUUACAAGGCUAUUGGUCGUCACCUAGCAUACGUAAGAACACGCAGAACAGGUCAAUUUUCCAUUCAUAAAUACCUGGGACAGUUUUUCUAUUCCCAUUGGUCAAAAUGUAUCACGUGACCAUGUUUCAACGUUUGAUAAUGCCCGCUGAGAAGUGGUAAUGCCCGCUGCGUAAAUUACACGCUGGGACGUGGAUACGAGACAGUUUAAUCGGGUCUGAUUGGUCAAAAGUCUGUGUGUAUGUGACACGCCAAAGUUCAUUUAAGGAGAUUCUAUUGGACAGGUUUGAAAAGGAAUACACCAUAAAAUGAACGGGGUGUGAGGGGAAGUGAAAGUAAAAUUCUAGAGCAUGAAUGGAAAUCCAUCACAGUUGACUUCUUUUGACUCUCUGAAUAUAAACGUAUUUAUGAAUGGGAAUAGAUGUGCUUGGCCAGUCUUAAACUAACGUGUAACGUUUAAGACCAGCUCAGGAGACUGAAUGAAGAUAACGCCCUUGCCUGGGGCUUGGGCAUUAGUCGCGUCCAUUCUCCCAAACCGGUCUUAAAACGCACAUUUAAGACCGGUCAAACACAUACAUGUGUUCAUUCCUUUAUUCAAAGUAAGCUUGUCAUAUAGUUAACUCGUCCUCAAAAAGGGCUCAUUUUUAGUCAGAUGACACGGCUUUCAUUUGCUAUUUGUCAGCAGUGAUGUGCAGUGGAUCUGCUCUGCUCUUGGGAGUUGAUCGUAACAGAUCACCUGGGUGUGGUAUUCAUGCAGCAUAGUUUGUACUCUACCCAGGUAGUAAAUCGAUCUUUUUCUAUUUUGGUUGUCGUGACGUAAUUGAAAAGGGUGAGCUUUGAAUCAGUAAUUAACAGUGCUGGCACUGGCCUGUGGCAAGUGUGUUAUAUUCGUUUCUCUACUUCAUUUAGAAAAUUAUAAUCAAGGAAGUACGGUGUUAAUGUUAGUGAUUUUAUAACUCCAUAGAGUGUAUUUUAUGUUGUAUUGCUUUGUUAUUUUUAGGAUGGAUGUGUAAGGGAAGAUCAACUCUGGAUUAAGUGAAAAAAGUUGGUAUGAUUCUUGCAUCUGAAAAAAA